ACACCCGGACUUAGCCCUUCCUCAUUUGUUAACUAAUAGAGUAGUUUUGAAAAUAACUGGCUGAGAUGAGAUAUGAAAUAAUCUCAGUUGUAUGUAUUUUUUCUUCUUACUUAAUUUGUUGAGAACCGUAUUAGUUCUAGUUCAGGCAGCUUCAAGCCAGAGCUUUAAAUGAACUCAAUCAAGCACAUACAUACAUCUACUUACACCAAUGUUCGGUGUGCAAACCUAUACGGUACACUUAUGUGCAACACAAAUGCGUUUAGGUGAAAACAAAUUUGAGCGAUAAGAAACACGCAUGCAUAAAUAUAUUAGUGCUACCGAACUGUUAUGUAUUAUAUAUAAAAAGGCAAGGGUGAAGUCACGUAUGCCUUUAGUGCCAAAAAAUCAGUUCGCGAGCAAACAUUAAACGUCCGGUCUAACAAACAUUUUCUAAACAAAUACAUACACACACCUACACAUACAUAUGUAUAUACUUGUGUAUGAUAUUUUAAAGUAAAUCGCGUGACAAUGGCGAAAAUAAGAUAUAAAUUGCUAAAUAAUAAUAAAGAGCAAACCAUACAAUCAAAACAUAUCAUCAUAUUUUGUUUGAUUAUACUAAUACUCCAUUUGUUGUAUUCGCAAUCGGUUAGCGACGACAUCAACGAUGUCCAUUAUGUGGAUAAAAAUGCUAAAGUACAUCAUAAGGAAAAAUCACAAAAAUCAAUAAAAACAACAGCAGCAACAAUGCAAACAGCGGCAACAAGUGAAGCAGCAGCAACAACAACAAUAUUAACAUCUACAAUAGCAAUAGCGGAGCAGCAACAAUAUUUUAUUAACACUUCACAAUGUCGUAUGCCAUUUGUGGAGCCUUUUGAGAAGGGUGUGUUAGAUCUGUUCAAUCCAGUAGAUUACAACUACACCAAUUGCACCAACGACGAAACAUUCAUAACAGUCAACUAUCAGCUAAAUACACGACAAUACUUUCUACACAUGGAUAUGGAGGCCAUGGAGCGAACUGUUAAACCCCUAAAUGCCAGCGCUACAGAUGUCCGCUGUUGUUAUCGGCAAAUCGUGCGAAGCGGUAGUGGUGCAGGGGCUGAUGAAAAUUUCGACAUACUGCCAUGCACUACAUUUCUUCAGGACUUUAUGGUACCGCAACACGUAGAUUAUAUAAUUACAGAAUGUUCUUUGGGAAAGGAUGACCCUGCCUUAAUACAAAAAGAUGCUUUCUCAUUCGUUCAGGAAAAAAAUAACAGUGCCACUAACACGAGUAAUAAGCACACAACAGCCGCACACAAGAAGCCAAACGUAUUUCUAUUGGGCAUAGAUAGUGUUUCGCGUAUAAACUUUCGACGCACCAUGCCGGAGAUAUUUAAAUAUUUGCAAAUGAAUAAUUGGUACGAAUUGCAAGGUUAUAACAAAAUAGCCGACAAUACUUUCCCCAAUUUGAUGGCUGUAUUGGCAUCGUACAAUUUAACCACAGCAGAGGACAAAUGUCGCCCCACAUCUGUGGGCGGUCUGAAUGAGCCGAUUUGUAAUUUUAUUUGGAAUAAUUUCAAAAAUUAUGGCUACAAAACAGCAUAUGCAGAGGAUUGUAACGGAAUGAGCACAUUUAAUUAUGUGAAAAGAGGUUUUCUGCAACAGCCGACAGAUUAUUACCUUAGGCCCAUGCUAAUGGCUCUUACCAAAAAUUUAGAAAUUGUAGAAAAAUACGGUCUUGAUUUUUGCGUUGGUCGUAAACAUCAAGCUGAAUAUAUAUUUGAUUUUCUGCUACAAUUUGCCAAUACUUUUCCCGCUGACCCACUCUUCGGACUCUUCUGGGUAAACUCAUUCAGUCAUAAUGCUUUCGAAGGUUCAGCAUUAAUGGAAGCCAAACUAUUGGAAUAUAUUAAGCGAAUGAAACGUGAUGGCAUUCUAGAACGUUCAAUUGUAAUAUUAUUUUCAGACCAUGGUAUGCGUUGGGGUUCACUUUUUCAAUUCAAAUCUGGAUUUUUAGAAGAGCGAUUACCCGCAAUGUUUAUAUCAAUACCGUCGUGGUAUCAGAACGAACAUCCGGAUUUUAUGAAAAACUUGCAAAUAAAUCAAAAACGUUUAACCACACCCUAUGAUAUUUAUGCGACCAUGAAACAUAUACUUGAAGUGGGUGAACCGGAAAAAGCAUUUCCCUACCACAAUGGCACUAUACAGGGUAUUAGUGUUUUUCGUGAAAUACCAGAGGAACGCAACUGCGAUGAUGCUAGUAUACCUGAUCAUUGGUGCACAUGUGUGCCAUAUGAAACUGUUGACAAAAAUGAUGAUUUCAUACGUAAUAUAACUACGUUGGUGUUUAACGAAAUGAAUCUGUAUUUAAUUAACAAAAAUAUAAGCGAUAAAUGCAGUAACUUGACUUUAAAUUCUUUAAGUUCGGCUGAUCUGAAAAUGUACGAUGCACCCAAUCAGUCAACGUACCGACUCACUUUCGAAGCACUGCCGAAGGAGCCACUAUUUCAAGCCACAGUCAUUUACAAUAGAAAUACGAAAGCAAUCACGAUGAAUGUUGAAGAUAUAUCGCGACUGGAUUCGUAUGAAAGCACCGCACGUUGCAUUAAUUUGAAAGAGGCUAAGAAAUAUUGCAUUUGCAAAGAUAUAGCGGAUGAAUGAUAUUAUACCUGUCGGGUAAAUUAUAUGCUCAACCGCAUAUUUAUGUAUUUUGGUCCUUUUAGCAUUUAAUUAGUUAACGAUUUAUAUUGUAGGUUUAAUAUAUAGUUUUACAAUUAGCACUUAGUUUCCGCAUAUAAUGUACUCACCAAAAGAAAAUUAUCAUGAACAUAACUACAUACUUACGUUCGUAAACAUAAGCUGUGAUAAUAAAUAAAUAUGUAUUAUAUGGCAAUAUACGUUAAUAU